UAGGAAAUAGACUAGAAUUAAGACUUUGGGGAAGACUCACUCUUCAGUUUUUUAUGGAUCGAGGCCAAAACCAUUUAAUCGACUCCCUUCUUGAAGGAUUUUACUUAUUUUGUAAAUUUAUUGCUUCAAAAAUUCAGGCACUUCUUCGCCCAGGCAGAUUUGACAGACACAUAACCAUUGAUUUACCGACAUUACUUGAAAGAAAGGAAUUAUUCGAUUUAUAUUUACAAAAAAUUAAAAAAGAAAAUUUAUUAACUGGUGUAAGCCAACGUUUAGCACAAAUGACACCUGGCUUUAGUGGUGCUGACAUUAAAAAUGUUGUAAAUGAAGCAGCAAUUCAUGCAGCGACGGCACAAAAGAAAAUGGUAAAAAUUGCUGACAUUGAUUUUGCUUUACAGAAAAUUGUUGCAGGACCAGAAAAAAGAAGUCGAGUUUUAAUUAAAGAAGAACGCGAAAUUGUUGCAUUUCACGAAUCAGGACAUGCUUUGGUUGGUUGGCUUUUGGAACACACUGAAGCACUUUUGAGAGUAACAAUAAUUCCGAGAACGAGUGCAGCUCUGGGUUUUGCUCAAUAUUCUCCAAAGGAUCGAAAAUUGUUUACUAAAGAAGAGUUAUUCGAUCGAAUGUGUAUGAUGCUUGGUGGUAGGGUAGCAGAAAAUGUUAUUUUUGGUAAAAUAACAACUGGAGCACAAAAUGAUUUGGAAAAAGUUACUAGACAGGCUCAAGCAAUGAUUAAAUGGUAUGGAAUGAGUGAAUUAAUUGGCCCGAUAAGUUUCUUUCCUGGUGCAGAUGCUGACCUUCGAAGUGCUGAUUUUACUGAAAAGCCUUAUAGUAAAAAAUUGGGAAAUUUGAUUGAUCAGGAGAUUGGUAAAUUAGUUGCAGAUGCUUAUUACUCAACAGAAAAUCUUUUAAGAGAAAACAAAGACAAAUUAGAAGCGAUAGCAAAGGCUCUUUUAGAACGUGAAACUUUGAAUUAUGAAGAUGUAAAAAGGUUAAUAGGACCGCCAAAAUUUGGAAAUAAACAAGUUGUCGAUUUGCCUGAAGAUGUGCUUCCAGAUUUACCAAAUAAUAUAGAAUCUGGGACAGAAAAAAAUAAAUAUUAG